CAUUGUGCCACAAAUGCUGUUAGCUUAAUUUGUAUUGAACCCGGACGUAGAUUGCAAAUACCAUGUCACGUGACUCCUUGUUGCCGGAAGAGCGAGUGGAAUGGCGAGGAACGAAGAGAAGCAGUUGGGAAGAUUGAAUCGACUUUGGCUUCAGAAAGAGAGAGAGGAGGGUCGUAUUAAAGAUGUCCACGAACCAAGGCCAAAACUUGCAACGUUAAAUUCGGUGGCAGCGCUGAAGAAGUGGAUCCCCAGCAUCAAGAGUGAAAUCGAGUAUUAUCUACAGCAGUCGCAGUUGUCUCACUACCCAGAGAGGAAGAUAAAUGAGUUCCAUCUGCAUAUUGAGGAGCUCGAGAGAGAAUACAAACGUUACCUGAAAAAGCUGCGCUCCCUGGACCCCACCUGCAAACACACACCUUGGAAACCCCGAGCAUACACCAAGAAGAGACAGGAACCAAUCAUCAAUCAAAACACUACCCAAAAACUGUGCCUCUUUACCUCCAGCGACCAUAGCAGAGAAGAUGAGGAUGUUAAUGUUUGCGCAGGCCCAGAGGCAGCAGGAAAUCAAACAUCCCUGACUCAAGUACAAGAACUACACACGCCGUCGACUCACAUCACCACCCAAACCACUGAUCCCCCAAACCAGGACCUUCCACUGUGCUUUGAUCAGUCCCGGCUGGCUGUGGCCGUAGCCAGUUCACAUGUGGCUCUGGCCGGGCAGCAGCAGGACACUGGCACACUGGCACGAGUGCUGCUCAAUGGUCUGCCCAAUCUUUCCAGCCUCCCACUAGUUCAGAAAGCAGCAAAAGAAGCAACAAGUCAGUCUUCCAAUGCUGGCACAGACCCGAGUAAAACUGAACAUGUACUGGGACUCGGCUGCUACUCGUCCUCUUCAGAUGAGGAGAUCUAGUUGACUUGAAUUUGAAAUUUUAUUCUGCUCAUUAAUUGAUAUAGAUGCUUAGUUGAAAAUUAGUUCAUCCAAAAGUGAAAAAUCUGUCAUCGUUUGCUUCUCAUUAAGUCAUCACCUGCCUGUAUGACUUUCUUUCCUCAGUGGAACACAACAUUUUGAAUGUUCUAGCAUUGUACUGGAUGUUUUUCCAGUUAAAAUGAAUGGGUACUGAGGCUUUAAAGCUUAAAAAAAGAACACAAAAGUAUCAUAAAACUGGUCCAUUCGAUUUGUGCUAUAUUCCAAGUCUUCUGAAGUUAUGCGAUGACAGAAUUUAAAGUUGAUGUUUUUUACAUUUGUUUAUUCUGUUAUCCAUAGUGCUGCAGACAAAUUACAUUUUUGAAAUUCAAACUGUAUUUAAAAUGUUUUCAGGUUUGGUGCAUGAAAUUUGAAUGCUGUACAUUACAUAUAUGUUUAUGCUCUUGUCUUAACCUAGUUUUAAUCCAUCUCUGACUGUGAAUGUUAGAGUCUCUGCUGAGCUGUGGUUAGAGCAGAACUCUGAAUAAGACAUUACUGAUUACUUAAUAAAAUAGUAGGAACAGUUAUCAGUUACAUAAGUGUAUAUAAAGAGACAAUUUCAGUAUGGGUGUUGAGACAAACCCCAAAGUUUCAGAUUGACAUAUAUUCAAGUCUGCUAUGUAGGAAAAGGGUUACACCACAACAGCUCUGAUUAAUAUGACUGCAACGCUAUAAAGUCACAGUAUUUACAGAGAUCCUGAGUCAGCGAGAGAGAGACAAAAUAUGUGUGUUCACUAAAAAGGUAUGCAAUUUUUCCAACAGUUUGGUAACAGAACUGGGGCUUUGUGCAGCGCUGCAGCCCACAGUUCGACCCCAAAACCCCUCAUGACUACAUCAGCAAUGAGAUUUUCUUAGCAUGCAACACUUCUGGGAAACUGAACGGACUACUUUUACAAAGCAACAGUGGUGGAUGAGAUGAGUCUUAUUCAUUCAGGGUCUGUGUGUAUGUGUGACAUCUAGCAACUUUGGUUACAUUUGAUUAUUCGGCAGAGAGGAUUUCUGUGAGGUGAGGCAGGGAAACCUGCCGUUUGAUGCAGCUGAUGUAGCUACAAUAGACGUCAGUUGUCAAUGAAGCAAAUAUUUCCUAUGCGGAAUUUACAAUGAAAGGUUUUUGGUUUUGUUAUCUGUUACAUUCCGAUGCCCUAGAAAAUGCUAAGCUUGUUGUAUUAUUUGCUAAAUUUCCCACAAUACUCAUGUAAUAAUUGGAUAUGACAUAAGUGUGUCAUAAAUUACACUUGCAUUAUAUUUUAUGUUAUAUAUAUAUAUAUGUAUAUGUAUAUAUAUAUAUAUAUAUAUGUAUAUAUAUAUAUAUAUAUAUAUAUAUAUAUAUAUGUAUAUAUGAAUAUAUUAGGGCUAUUGAUGUAGAAUAUUCAUUUAGUGUGAUUAUAUAAAAAAGUAAUCCUUACCCAUACCCAAAUUCUGUAAUAAAAGUACAUAUUUGGAUUAUUUUCAAACCAUCAUAGCGAUUUAAGCUUAAAGUACAUGUAAUUACAUGUUUUUAUAAGCGAAGUCAGCAGGGGGCAGUCGGCGCACCUCAACAGACCUCACAAGCAGUGCAGCCACAUAAUGAGAGCCAGGAUGCGUUUUACAGCAGGGGAUUUAAGAUUUAAUAAUAUUAUUUUUAAGUUGAGCUUGUAAUACUGAAAACAAGUGAAAUGCUCCAAAAGCAUCCAUCUGAGGCAUAUGUACAUUAGGCCUGAAACGAUUAGUCAACGUUAUCGACAACGUCGACAAUAAAAAAUGGCCAACAAAAAUUUUCGUUGUUGAAUAGUCUUUUGAUCUCAUUUAACAUAACGUGAUGACACUAUAAACUUUCCAAACCGCUUCAGGUGAUGUAUAUCACGGUAUUAUAAUGGAAAAUGCUAAAUAAGGCAAUACAGAAAUAAUUGUUAGUUGCAGACAAUAUAAUGAAAAAAAUAGUGCAUCAUGGGAAGGCAUCAUGUGAGAACAGGUGUCUGUGUCAACUGCAGGUUUAAGUUCAAUGAUUAUAUUAUCUUUAUUUUGGGGGCUUUCCUCAGCAAAUGGGUAUACAUUUAAAUUUUUACAUUCAGCAGUCACUUUUAUACAAAACAACUUACAAAUGAGGAAUAUAUUGCGCUAUUGUGACUGUCCUCAUGUAUACGUAUGUGUGUAUAUAUAUAUAUUAUGUUGGUGUAUUAUAUAUAUACCUGGAUGGCUUACCCAAUAUAUCAACAUAACAUCAAAUGACACUUAUAGCCAUAACACACUGCAUUUAUAUACCUACAUUUAAUAUGGUUAUGUCUCAUUUGAUAUUAUGGCAGAAUAUUAGGUAAGCUGACCUGUUGUAACUUUUGCCUGUGGUCACAUGAUUGUGAUGACUAUGUACAAUCUUGA